AUGGAUGCUCAAGCGCCUGCUACUCGUCGACAGGUAUUCUUAAAGUAUCGUGAGCUCUUUACUGGUAAGAAUGUGCGAAAGAGAAAGGCUAUACGCAAAAUCCUCCUAAAAAACCUACCUGACUCAAAAGCGUCUGCUGGUGACGCGCAUAUCAACAACGUCGUUUCUAUCCUCAAGUCUCUUCUUGAGGAUGGCGUGUUCCAAUCUGAGGAGAUGGCAAGCAAGCACUUUCCAGACCUCAUCACAGGACAAUCCUCGGAAAUACCAACCGGAAACAUCUCGAAGAAACGCAAGGUAUCUCCUAGAAGGUCAAUCGAUGUCGGACGAGUGAUGGAAACUAAGACUAUCGACAAAUCGAGUCCUGGGACCACAGCCGGAAUUUCUGUUAUCAACAGCCAAGGAAAUAGAACCUUUGACGUAACUUCGCGACCAUCUGCAUUUCCCUACAAUGUUCAACAUUAUGUACUGUCGCUAUCCCAGCAAAUCCUUGAAGAAGUAUGCUUCCGAUUUAUGAAGAGGUGGCUUCCUUCAUUGCUUGAAAAGUAUGGCUGGACUUGUGCAGCUGCGGUCGAGCUCACAAACUGGGUACGUGUCAUUAAGAAGCAUUUGGACAUUCUGCCUAGCGGUUGCAUGAGUACCGAACAAAAAAAGUGUUUCAAAGAAAUCUUACCAUGCAUUACUCAAUUACGCCACACCGCAGUUCAUCGCCUACAUCUUACCUCUGUUCAAUUGCUGAAGCAAGUCCACUCCGCACAUACACUAGCCGAAAUCUUGCAAGACGACGAGUGCAGAAAUCGAUUGCAAACCAUACAUUCAAGGGUGAAUACGUGGGCCAAGAAUAUGGACCAUAGUAUGGAAGUGAUGAAGCAAGAAGCAGAACGUAGGGUCCGUCAGCUAGAGCUGAUGCUGCAGACAACCAUCGCGCAGCAGCAGAACAAAAUAUCUUCGGCCGCAGGCCAAGGGUUGAUUGAUUCCAUCACCACGGAGUUCAGACUCCACCUUCCGGAUGCGGCAGCAGAAAUCAAGGACACAUUCACAUGCGACGAGCAUGCUCGGAAUGCUGGAGGCACUAUAGUCGUUGACGAGGACGAUAUCGAAAGUGACGAGAAUCAACUGCAAACGGAAUUAUAG